AUGCUCACUGGGCCUCCGGUGGCAGGACUGCGGCGCUUCUUCACCGGUUUCACAACUGUCGACUGGCUACACCUCUAUGACAUCCCUUCCAACACUUGGCGCACUGGAGCUCUGUCCCCAUACCGAGUAAACCAUCCCAAUGUUGCUACAAAAGAUGGCUUGAUUUAUCUCCUUGGUGGUCUCGUUGAUACUUCGGAUCCCCCCAAGCCUUUGCUCGAGUGGAUUGCUUCGGGAGAGUCCCAUGACGCUGUCACCAGUCACAGCAUUCAACACCACGUCUGGAAAUGGCAAUGGCUUGUGAAUGUAGCGGCCAAUAUUCCUGAGGGUCGACAACACGCAGCCGGCGCAAUUGUUGAUGACACUUUGUACGUUGCCGGCGGUCGAUGGUUCGAGAAGACCAAUGUUCGCGACGACGUCUUCAUGCUGGGCCUCAACAACUUGACUUCUGGUUGGGAAACGGGCAAGACACGCAUGCCAACUGCCCGUGGGGGCAUCGCGGGCGCAGCUGUUGGGGUAAAGCUCUACACUUUUAGCGGCGAGACGAACCAGCAUGCGGCGACAGGUGUAUUUGACGACGUAGAGGUGUUUGACGUCGAGACGCAGAAGAUUUAUAUCCCAGGAGGUGGCCUCCAGCAGGAUGGCCUGAUGAUCAUGGUCAACGGUGUUGGACAUUUCCUUAACACGAUUGAUCACUUUGACGUUCUUGCCGCCUAG